AAAACUCUUACUCUUGCCCCGUUUGAGGAAAACUCGUCCAGAGCCGGAAUCUUCCUCUACAGAUUGAGGCUGAGGUCUCUUGUCAAAAGCCUAGUCUUUGUGCAGUAAACCCUCCGGCCGAAGACCCACCUUCGUCAAUAUGAAUAAGCAUAGGAGAAUGACCUGAAAGCUAAACACUCGAGUGACAUCAUUCAGCUCAUAGUCAUAGAGAUUUCGACAAAAAAUAAAAAAUUGCAAGUUUGAAAAGUACAAAAUAGUUCUGUUGAUUCAUUCUAAAAGACUUUGUUCCCCCAUAUCUCAAUAGUCUUCUUUUCUGGCAGACCAAUUCAAAUAUACAAAUCCACACGCACAUUUUCCGGGAAUAUACCGCGUUUUCUCUUACAUACAAUCGGAAUUUUACCUAGCACAAAAGAAAAAAAAAAUCUUGUGCAAGAGUGCAAGACAGAGAUCGUAUAUAAACAAAACAUGUGGGGAAGGUUAGAUCAGAACAAAAUGUCUUUUCCUUUCCCUAAACUUGGGACCUUCGCUCCUGUGCUCAUCGUCUACUUGCUAAUUGUUAUCUCCCAUGGAGUUGGAGCUAACAAUAGUAGCAAUGUCACCAACAUUGGAGCAAUCAUUAAUGCUAAUGGCCGUAUCGGGAAAGAACAGAAAACUGCCAUGGAAAUUGCAGCUGAAAACUUCAAUAACCAUUCGAAGACUCAUAAGCUAAUCCUUCAUUUUCGAGACUCUGGCAGAGACCCCUUUCGUGCUGCUUAUGCCGCUAAAGAAUUGAUAAAGAAGAAGGUAGACGUGAUAGUUGGCAUGGAGACAUGGCAGGAAGCAGCUCAAGUAGCUGAUCAUGGAAACCAAUCGAAUGUUACGGUGAUUUCAUUCGCAUCGCCAACUAUCACCCCGCCCCUAAUCCAGCGCCGCUGGCCAUAUCUAAUACGAAUGGCAACAGACGGUUCUGCUCAAUUAAAAGGCAUAGCGGAUAUAGUUUCUGCGUACCAUUGGAAAAGGGUGGUUGUAGUAUACGAAGAUGAUGGUUACGGUGGAGCUGUUGGGAUGCUAGCUGUUUUAUCUGAGGCUCUUCGAGAUGUUGGUUCGGUGAUUGAGCACCGUUUGAUUCUCCCGCGAGUUUCUUCGAUACAUAAUCCAAACGGGGAUGGGUUUGAAGAGAUGCUGAACCUUACCACCAUAAAAUCCCGUGUGUUUAUUGUUAUUCAGUCAUCUUUGCCUACAGUGACUCGUCUGUUUCAGGUAGCGAAGGAGACGGGACUUGUAGGAAGAGACUCAGCUUGGAUAAUCACAGAGGCUGUCAUUAGUAAUUUGCCUGACUCUCUUGACAACUCUGAUAUGGAAGGCACUCUCGGAAUGAAGACUGACUAUGCUAAAAAUACUAGUUCUUAUAUGAAGUUCCUAAAGGAGUUCGAAAAAAAGUUUUCAGAUGAAGAUAACAUUGUGCCAACGCCAGGAAUUUAUGCACUUCGAGCCUAUGAUAUGAUGACAAUCAUUACACAAGCCAUAGAAAGAAUGACUAGUAACAACAGUUCUACUACUACUAGUAGUAGCCUUCAGGUAUUGUUAAACACAUUGUUGAACAAUUAUACCGGUCUAAGUGGGGAAAUGUACUGCAAAGGAGGUGAGGUACUUUUUCGUUCUCCGACAUUCAGGAUCAUAAAUGUUGUUGAUGGGAAGAGACAAAGAGAUGUAGGGUCUUUAGAAAGCAUUGUCAGCCAAGGCACAGACGGAAGUAAUGAUGUUGGUAUAAUUUGGCCCGGGAAAGACAUUAGUGCCCCGAAAGGUUGGGCUAUGCCUACUAAAGAGAGCCCAAUGAAAAUUUUGGUUCCUGGUAUAACACCCUUCAACGCAUUUGUAAAGGUUGAUUGGUCGCGGAACAAUUCAGACGAGAAGAAAUUCGAUGGUUUCUGCAUUGAACUUUUCAGAUGGAUACUACCAAAUUUGACUUAUACUCUGCAUCAUGAAAUUGAAGCCUUAAAUUGUACUUACGAUUCUCUGAUAGAACUGGUCCAAAACAAGACAUAUGAUGCUGUGAUCGGUGAUAUGACUGUGCUAGCUGAUCGGUUGGACAAGGUGGACUUCACUCAGCCAUAUAUCGAGUCUGGUUUGUCGAUGAUUGUUCCUGAAAAAGAUGAGGAGUCGACAUGGCUAUUUUUGAAGCCUUUCACUUGGCAAAUGUGGGCGGUGUCUGGUGGCAUUUUACUCUACACAACGCUAAUAGUCUGGCUCCUCGAAGGCCCGUCAAAUCCAGAAUUUGGUGAUGGGUUGAAGAAUCAAAUCAGGACAGCAACUUGGUUCACUUUCUCCUCUUUGUUCUUUGCUCAGAGAGAGAAAAUCUCUAGCAACUUUACUAAAGUAGUUGUUAUAGAGUGGCUGUUUGUUGUAUUGAUCCUAAGCUCAAGCUACACUGCUAAUCUUUCCUCAAUGCUUACCAUCAAACGGCUGCAACCAAACGUAACGGACAUUGAAAUGCUGAAGAGAACCGAAGCAAAAGUUGGUUCGGAUAAAGAUACAUUUGUCAGGAACUACAUGCAGCGUGUUAUUGGAUUCAAUGACUCGAACGUCAUGGAAAUAGGCCCCCUUUACAACGUGGACGAGUUCAAGAGCAAACGUAUAUCUGCUGCCUUUCUUGAACUCCCAUAUGCAAAAGUAUUCAUGAAUCAGAACUGUAAAGGAUAUACUCAAACCGCGCCAACCUACAGAUUCGGAGGAUUCAGCUUUGCAUUCCGGAAAGGUUCUCCAAUAGCGAGGGAUUUCACUAGGGUCAUUCUAGAGCUAUUGGAAAAUGGAAAACUGAAGGAGCUAGAAAAUAAGUGGUUGACUACAAGGGAAGAGUGUUCAAGAAAUGCGACUUCAGAUACCCCGAAGAGCUUGAACCUCAAGAAUUUCACCGGCCUCUAUAUAAUAACCGGCGUUACUUCUACAUUUUGUUUUCUAAUCUCUCUUUUUAUCUUGCUGAGGAAGUUGUGUUGGCGUGAGUCAAACUUGUAGGUGGAAUAAUAAUGUUUGUAUUUCCUAGUUUGAUUAUAA